CCCACCCCCACUUCAAACUCCAACUCGAUCUCAGAUUAACAAACGUACAGCUAGAGCUAGAGUUGGAAGAAGAAGAACAAUACUUUGAUAGAGAAAUGGCUUCUUUCCUAGUUGAACAAGGCGGCGACGCCUCCAUCUCCGCCCUCCACUCCGACAUAAUCACCUCCCACAUCCUCACCCGCCUCGACGGCCCCACUCUCGCCUCUGCCGCAUGUACUUCCUCGCAGUUGCGAGCCUUCUCGGCCGAUCAGACACUCUGGAAGGACAUCUGUGCCACCACCUGGCCUUCCGUCUCCGAUAAACGUGUUCACGAUAUCAUUUCCACUUUCCCGUCCGGCCACCGCUCGUUUUUCUCAGACUCCUUCCCUCUUCUUGAUCACUCUGCUUGCUCGUCCGAUACCAGCAGCCGUUUGGUAAUUCCGGCCUCGGAGCUGAUCUCCGCUGUGGAUAUAUUCUACAAGGGGGAGCUCGUUUUCUCCAAGGUUCAUGAGACCGAGACCGAGACCGGGUGGAUCCUGUGCUCACCCUUCCGGAUUGAUCUGCUCGACCCAAAAGAGACCGUUCCGACUCCAAUACGACACAUCGGAGAAACCAACGAGUCCCUUAAGCACUUGGAGGAGAACUUGACAUUGAGCUGGAUCGUGAUUGACCCCGCGCAAAAGCGCGCGGCCAAUCUUUCCAGCCGUAAGCCAGUGUCGGUCACCCGACACUGGCUUACCGGCGAGGUACAGCUCCGUUUCGCGAUGAUCAUGCCGGGGAAUCGUCGCGGGGAGUUUGUGCAGUGCGGGAUGGUCUUGACGUGCAAGGGGAGCGACGGAGGGAAGCUGCACGUGAGGGAGGUGAGCAUGCAGAUGGAGGCCAUGGAGGGGAACCACCUGAACGGGAAGGAGAGUUUGGUAAUUCUGCAAGGGGCGAUUGAGGGAGGGAAGAGGAAGAGGGAGAGCGAGGAGGGAGGUGAAGGGAAGGCGAGAUUUGGGGAGUUUCUGGAGAUGAAGAGAGAGAGGAAGGAGAGGACGCAGAGGAGAGAGAGGGCUUUGGAUAUGGUCUGCAUUGCUGCUGGUGUUACUUUGUUCAUGGCUUUUUGGUCCUUCGUCUUGUUCCGAUAG